AUGGUGUACGAGUUGAAUUUGACUGUCGGGCCUUAUGGACACUUGGUUGACACCACAGGAGCAUUCCUUGAAGAUGCUUAUAAAAACCACAAACAGCACAUGGAGAGUAUGACCCAUCAGCUGCAGGAGAAAAAGAAACUGAUUGAAGAUGUGUCGAACUCCAUUAACAACGGACUUCUUCAGGUUGAUCGGAAUCGUUCAUCUGUUCAUGAUGAAAUAAAGAAGUCCAUCUGCAGUUUGAUUCUCGAGAUAAACAAAAAGGGAAAGAUGCUAAUGAAUCAACUCGAGGCUGUAACAAAGGAUCAUGAGAGUGUCUUGCGAAAACAACAGGAGGACAUUGGCUAUCUGUCCCGACACUUGGAUCAUGUCAUCAACUUCACCAAAUGGGCCACAGUCAAGAAUGGGGGCACGGCCCUUCUGUACUGUAAACGUCUGAUUCUGUUUCAGAUUGGAAACCUCCUGCGGGCAAAAUGCAGUACCUCAUUUAUUCCACAGAGCAAUGUGCGUUUCCAAUGCCGGUCCUCCUACUGGGCCUCAAAUAUUGAUCUGGGCUCUUUAGUGAUAGAGAGUGUACCAGGCCACCAGCUGGUUGGUUUUCAGGGUAUCCCUCAUCAGCAGUCCAACCCUGGGCAAGGCCCCUCAGGCUCGCCCCGCGGCUUUGCCCUGGGAGCUCCCCUCAACACACUGGCUCAGCUCCAGAUGCAGGUAGACAAGCUGAACCCGCAGGCCCACUGGCAGCCGCAGCCACCUCCUCCACCGUGGACAUGGUACCAGAGUGUGCGACUACAACGAACACUCCCAGGGCCCCUGCAAGGGGGCUCUCCCUCCCACAGUAUGCCACCUCAACCGGGCCGAAGGUUCAUGGUGCCUCCUCCAAACCACAACAGCCCAACGAGCACCUUCCCAAGCCCUGGGUUCACACCCCAGCCUCUGAGGGGGGUGGAAAGCAGCUCCAACCACCAAGCCAGACCCAUGGACAUGUUUUCCCCCUCACAUUUGUACACCCAUGGUGCACCACUGCCCAUCACCAGCGGCGUGAGCUCGUCUCAGUCACAACAGACAAUUGGCCCAAUGUAUGUGCCGAAUCCAAACCAUUCCCAGAGCCUGCCACCGUCUUUUCCACACAGAAAUGUGCAAGGACAACAGAUUUCCCCAGGGUACACUGCUGCAUCCCAAGUGGAGAAACCAGGGACUGUUUCCUGGGAGACUCCAGAAACUCAUCAGAUGCGUGGAGCAGCGGGCUCAGCUGUCAGGAAAAGACGAAGGUCGUCACCAGGGCCCAUCAUUGUCAUCAAAGAUGAGCCAGAGGAUGACAACAGCUAUGUACAGAACAACCAAAGAGCCAACCUUCCUGACAGCACAGGGGAACACCCACAAAUCAGUGCCCAUGGCGGAGGGAACAAGACCCCAACUGUUCCUCAAAGCACAGAUGACAAACCCCACAGCCACUCACAGCCUGCGAUCAGGCCGCUGGACCAGAGUAAGACUGAAGUUGCACAUCACAUCCGUUCUCUGGGAGGAGAAGAGCAGGUAGUGCACGAUGAAGCACGGCUGGAAGACUCUAAUGACGUCUUGUGUGCUGUGUGUCAGAGAGGAGGGGAGCUGCUGUGCUGCGAUAAGUGUCCCAAAGUUUUUCACCUCGCUUGCCAUGUUCCAUCUCUCCUCAAAUCUCCCAGCGGGGGGUGGUUUUGCUCUUUCUGCCGUGACCUGUCGGUGCCUGAGAUGGAGUACGACUGUGACAGCAAACCUGAGGCCAAAACAGUAAAGACGGAGCCAGACUCUGAAGGAGGACUUCCCCCUGUGGACAAACGAAAGUGUGAGAGGCUGCUGCUGCGCUUGUUUUGCAGUGACCCCAGUUCAAACUGUGGAGAGGUUGCCUCCCCCUCGGUAUGUGCUAAUAACAGGCUGACUAUAAAGGGACCAAUGAAUCUUUCAACUGUGAAAGAACGACUGGGGGCUGAGCAGAGUGUGUGCUACCAAAGCAGCGCAGAGUUUAUAUCAGACAUCAGGCUCAUCAUCAGGAAUUGCAGACCCUUCAGUGAGGCUGUCACAGAAGGCAGGAGGCUGAUGGAGCUGUUUGAGGAGCAGCUCAGGAUCAUCUUUUCCGACCAAACCUUUCCAGAAAUAAAACUGGAGGUGAUACCAGACUCUCAAGUGUCAUCUCCUCACAACAUUUCCCAGCCUGCAAAGCCCCAGCGCACAUUUUCCCAGGAUACAACAAACUGUCCCAGUGGAGAUGAUGGAGUCGUAUAAGAGCACAAAUCUUCUCAAGGGUGUUGUGUACAGUAUGCAACAACACUGCUAGCACCAGCUAAUGUGUGGUGUAUGGAAGUUCAUUAAAACAUUCAUGACACCAAAUGAAGCCACUAAAUGAUGAAUUGUCUCAGAAAAAGAUCAAGGAAUCAGGGCACUACAUUUUCUAUAUUCUGGAUUUAACUGUUACAACUGUUGGAUUAACACUGAAACUGAAUUUAACACAGGGGAUGUGACUUCUAGCUGCAAGUACAUACAAUACAAGCAGCAAACAGAGGUACUUACAGGGUAUAACUGACCUUUUAUUAUCAUACCUUAUCAUGGGCCAUGAGUUAUUACACUGAGCUAAUCAAUGGUGUAAUCAGGUCGGGUGUGUUUUCCCUGGUACUCAUGGCCCAACACCCUGCGUGUCGUUUACAUCGUUGAAUGAACCCUGAGAGGAUGCUGUUGAUGAAGCAAAUGAGAGGAAGAGAUGGUAUCAGAGGCAGAACAACAAGUUUGGAAAGCUGCAGGGGUUUUAUUGCAACCUCCAAAGACAAGCCCUGUGCCAGGCAAUAAAACAAGGGAUUGCAGAACGCUGCAGCCAGGAUCAGAGGAAAGACCCCAGCUGGGCCCCAAGAUGUUAGGGACACACACCCAGGUCUGAUCAGCCUGUGGUGGGCCUGUCUUUGAGGAGGGUGUCUUGUGAUUAAAUGGCCAAAACACCCUAUGACACUAAGGUACACAACUGAUGAUAUGUCCCUAACAUCUGCUGGUGGUUGCAGGAGACCUUCUAAUGUGCAAGGGGGAUUUACCAUCUUGUCCCAUGUUCUAAAAAGCGGUCCAUGUGUAAAUAUAGCUGUGACAGGAGGCAGGAUGAUGAUCGCAGUUUAUCUAAUGUGGAAUAAAAUGUGUUACCUUCCACCCCCACCCCUCAGGCUAGUAAAGCCACUGCAUAAAGGUAAUCAAAGCAGUGUGAUAAAAGCACAGGCUGUUUGAGAUGUUACACUGUCACACAUAACUAUACAGUAUUGGUCUGAUUUGUUUUUUUCAA